UUCGCUGUCGCAGCCGCUCGGUCCGACAUGGCCAAGCCGAGCGAUCUGAAGAUCUUCCUGGAGUCUUCUCUGAAUGAGAUCUUUAAAGCGACAGUGAGCGACAUCCUGGACUCAGUGGACCGAACUCUGUCCGAGUACCAGGGCACCAUACAGAGGCUAGAGUCCGAAAACGAGGGCCUGAGGCGGCUGCUGCUCGAACAGAAGAGCACAGAUUCGGCUCCAAGAGAUUUAUGUGAACAAGAUGCUGCUGAUUCCAAGAUUUCAGCUCCAGAGUGGAACAAUGGUCCCAUCAGCUCCACCAAGAGUACGUUCAAGAUGUCCAUAUGCAGCAGCGACAAGAAGAGUUCCAGGAGGAAGAAUAAAGGCAGGGUGAGGGAGAGCAUAUCCCCUCCCUCGUUUUUUCUGCAGAAUAGUGAGAUAGUAGGACAACCAUGUGUGAACACAUCCGAACUAGGUGUUCCCACAAAAACCUUAGUAUCUGUAAAAGUAGAGCCUGAACUGGAUGAAAUCGGUGCUAUCGAUCUCUCUCAGCCGUCAACGCUUCUCAAUCUGACAAUGAGACCGAUAAAGAAUGAGAGCUCGGGGGUCAGUUGUGCCGGUCGUGAUGCUUACACGGGUUUGCUGCCAUCUUCAGGCCAUGAAGAAGACUCUGGAGGCAGUGACGGUGAUGUUAAAGUCACCAUCGUUUCUGACAGCUACAUGCAGGACGGACAAUUCAUUAAGGCAGAGGAAGAGGAGCAGAAUGGGGUGGUGCCGUACGGUGAUGGUGACAGUUUCUCGAAGCAAGUGUUGAAGUAUGACUUGAAAUAUUACCCAGAAUCAGAGAUGGAUCCUGGUGGAGCGAGUAGACAGGACGCGGAGCCAGAAGUCGCUCCGCUCAAGGAAAACGAUUCACCUGCUGUUUCUGCAGAUGAGUUUUUAGAAAUUCGUGACAACUUUUUGCGCUGUCCCAUCUGUCCAAAAACAUUUAGCCGAGCGACCUCACUCAACAUCCACCUCAAGACGCACACCGGUGGGAAGGCUCACAGCUGCAGCUAUUGUGGUAAAUGCUUUGGCCGGUCUGAUCUCCUGAAAUCCCACAAGCGUACGCACACCGGAGAGAGACCCUAUAGCUGCAACAUCUGCACUAAAACAUACGCCCAUCCCAGUCAGCUCAGGAUACAUAAACGCGUCCACACUGGAGAGAAGCCGUAUUCUUGCUCGCACUGUGGGAAGCGCUUCAACGAACACAACCAGCUCAAGGUCCACUUGCGGACCCACACUGGGGAGAGACCGUACAGCUGCCAGGAGUGUGGGAAAACAUUCAGCAACGCAGGAAACCUGCGCAUACAUGAGAGGAUUCACACUGGUGAGAAGCCCUAUUGCUGUGCGCAGUGCGGGAAAAGGUUCAACGGCUUGGGUGACCUCAAAACACAUUAUAGGAUUCACACUGGAGAGCGGCCGUACAGCUGCGAGCUCUGUAAAAAGACCUUCAGCCAGGCGGGCCACCUCACCAUACACAUGAGAAUGCACACAGGAGAAAGACCGUACAGCUGCGAUGAGUGCGGCAAGAAGUUCACGGUCGCCAGCAGCCUGAAGCUGCACCAGAGGACUCACACAGGAGAGAAGGAGUACAGCUGCUCGUACUGCAACAAGAGCUUCAGCAGGUCCGGUCACCUGAAGCGACACGAGCUGGUCCACACCAAAGAAAAGGUCUUCCUCUGUAGCCAGUGUGGAAAAACCUACACAGACCAGAGUUCGCUUAAGAAGCACCUGAAGAUGCACGCAGCAAAGGAGCAGAAGGCUCAGAGCGAAGGCAGCAUCGGUGAGGCGGAAACAAACGAAGUACGACCUUCAGCCUCAGAGACACUUUCAGACACUGAUAGAAAUUAGAACCAAAUUGCUGGAGGUGAGCACUGUAUGUGACUUUACAACAUAAUCUUCAAUCAAGGUUCACUUUUUAGCUUUUUUUUUGAGCUUUCAAGCACAUCUUGCUGCUAAUAUCAGCAUGUAGAGUUUGAUUAUUUGUCGAGGAGGUGCAUCAGGUGUCACCAUGUGUAUCACCUCACAUGCAGCAGCUAUAGUGAACACAGUGAGACAGGAGGGACGCUGGUCAGGAGACUGAAUAAACUCAAGUAUUCAGAGCCAAGAGGUUGAAGGAUUAUCAGAUGCCACAACACUACACACAUAUAACACUAUGCUUUACUUUCGAGCCACAGUGACAUUCACUCUAGCGUCAGCUCUGUGUAAAUAAUGCAGCAUUCGGAUCCGUUUCAGUGGAACCAGCAGGGAUGCAAAUUCAGAGAGCUACAGCAAACAACCCAGGGUUCUCCAGCAAAAAAAUAAUUAAACCAAGCUUAACGUUUCCUGUAACACAACAACAUGCAGGCAUUCCUGGCAGAUCACUUUCUAUUGUGAACAUGACAUUUGUUGUGCACACCUGUCAGUUGUUGCAACAAAAGAUAAAGUAGUUGCUGCUGUCAUAAUUUUCCAACGUGAAUAUUCAAAAGCUGUGGAAGCUGAGAAUCCUUUAAACACAUUCAUUUGUUAUUCAAACUACUUAGUGCAACUUAUUCUAUGUCACACCGAUACUUGAAGCCAGUGGUUUCCUAUGUAGGCAACUUGCUGCAGGAUUUAGUUCCACUGUUGUACUGGACAUUUUUAACAGCAUUUCUUUACAUAAAUACAAGAUAUUAACUGUAUUUUCAUGUUACAUUUUGAAACGUAGCAGAAGAAAAUACAUCUAAACAUCUUUUUUUUUUUUCAUUAAAAAUAAAUCUCUAUUUAUCCUGAUAGAUUUAAGAAGCUUACAGUUGCUAGUUGUCAUAGUUAAAUAUUGCAUCUUCUGGCACUCAGGUUAACCAGAUGUGUAAUAUUUAUACAGUUGCACAUUUUUACACACUUGCCGUUCUGCUUCUGCACACUCGGUUUGAAGUGGAAUCUAUUUUCUGGCCGUUCACAAGACCUGAGCUUCUCCUCAUGCCAUUAUUUAAUAGUUUUCUAAGUGCACUGAGGUACAUUUCACACAGAAUGGUUUCCCUUCCAGCCGGCCAGACCGUUGUCACCCCCUCAUCUUUGCUGCCUUCUUGUCCAUCUCCACUGCUGCUAUCGACCGACUUUUUCAUACCUUAGAUCCAUCUUUACCCUUUUUCUAAAACCUCAUUAUUGUCCCCUCCACUUGCUUGGCCACCAGUUUCCUCUUCAUGCUCAGAUGUCACCCACAUCACAGGGCAAACAGUUCUUCCAAUACUGAUGUAAACCUGCUCAAAUUGAAGGUGAAAUGUGGCACUUUAGCAAAGUAUCUGUUAUUUUAUUUCAAAGUGAAGAUGCUGAAGCACAGGACUCCAGCUGUCUCUCACCUGCAGUAAAAACUGUCACUCACAGAGGCCUAUUGAGCCGACACGACACUGUACACUAUGCAGGGCUUCUUUGGUUUGAACAAAGUUUGGAAAUCCCAGCUCGUUGAAAGCUCCAAAAAAGCUAGAAAGUGAACCUUGAGUUAAUUUUUUUUUUUUAAACUACUCUUCCUGAGACGAGAAUAUAGUUUUUUGACUGAAAACCGUUUGUGACGUUUGUGGUACAGUGCAAUACACUGUUGUCUCGUCUUUGCUGUGAUUUAGUAACUCCAAAUAUUUAGCAAUAUGGUAUGAUUCCUUAUUUGAUUUGGAUUGAAAAACUCUGAUAUUCCUUCUUUCUCACCAAACAGUGGCAGAGAUACGGGACCUUAAAACAGCAGUUACUCUUUUGAAAGUUGCAAUGUUUGCUGAAAUGUUUUAUAAGAAAUAACAAAUCAUUGGAAGUUAAUUUGUGUGCUCACUGUUCUGUCAAGUUAAAGACACUGAAUCCCAGGUUUGUGUUGAAACCUUUGACCUCCUUCUGAAAAAAGUCCCACAUUUAGUACAAAAAAAUAACAGUUGUUUAGGAUUAAGACGCCUCUACACACAUUUACAAACCUAAUAUAUAAUUAACUUGAUUAAUAUAAUGCUGUAUAUAGCUUUAAGUAUACAGUUAGCAGUCUGAUCCAUUGAACUGACAAGAAUGUAUUUGUGUUAUAAUGUUAGUGGAAAUAAUACUACUGCAGACAGUAUUGAUCGACCCGCUUUCAGAUUGUGAAUUAAUAACUGUUUUGUAAGCUGAUCUCUAACAGUGUGACGCUUCUAGAGAAUUUUAUUUUUAGUUUGUUCACUGUAAUCGCCUGGAGAUGUGUCUCUUGAGAAGUUUAUCGGCUGACACCCACACAGGAGGACGACUUCAUGUUUAGGAGGAUAGGGCUUCUGUUUGUUGUGGCAACUGGUUGGUAUUUAGCGAAGAUGUAGCAAUGUACAGUAUUUACUGAGUUUUUGCUACUAGCAGUUUAUUGUGACUUCACUUGUGUGUGAUUUGUGUCUAAAUUAAAGAGAAGCAAUAACCAAAA